AUGGAUUGUGGUGAUUCUGCUGUUGCAGAGAUUAAAGUUUACCAGUAUGCAAAUCUUUUAACCGCAGAAGUCUGCUCCUCGCUUUCUGGGGUGUUACCAAUCCAAUCGAUUUAUGCCUUCAGGGAAUUUUUCCCUUCCAUUCCUGCCACCUUGUCUGGCGUGAAUACUAGAUUCCGGCAACCUUGUCUUCCAUUCAGCUACCCUAGUGAAUAUGAAAUGCUUGACGUGGUUAAUUUUGAUAGAAGUGCAAGGGGUUGGGUACGUUGUGUUAGCAAUAAAAUGGAAAAGAGAAAAGUGGAUUGGAAAUUUGGCAGAGUUUGGAGAGUGAUUAGGAGGCAGGGAACUGCCCCAAUUCCCACUGUUAAAAACACGUUUGGUCUGGUGGAGCUGAGAAGCAGCUAA